CUUCUCCCAGGGCCGCGGCGGCUCGAAAUCGCGGGCGUGUUGCACGCACAGAGCUGUUUUUGCACGCUGCGCUUUGCUGUCACUCCCAUUGAUCGACGCGGCGCCGCUCGCUACAUUUUGGCCCCGCGCGCAAGAGCCCCAGACCACCGACCUCGUCGAAGACGCCAGCCGCGCGGAGCGUGAGGAGCGCUGCACACCCUCGUAGACGCCAGCCGCCGCGCGUGGACGCGACCGACGAUGGACUUCGUCGAGACCCAAGCCCAGGCCACGCCCGAGGUCGCCGAGGACCUCGCCGCGCUCGGCGAGCUCUUCAGCAAAAAGCUCUACCACGAGCUCACGACGGCAUUGCGAACUUUUGUGCAGUCCGACGCCGCGAGGCAACGGGGCCAGCUCUUGCUCGAUCUGGAGGAGAAGUUCCUGUCGAAGGUCGAGGCCAAGCUCAACCAGCUCCAGUACGCCAUGAUUCUGGGGGACCUGGUGGUCGGUGCGGUCGACUCCACCGUCAUCAGCGCCCAGGAGGGCAUCGAGAGGCUCAAGAAGGCCGUCGAGGACAAGCGCGGUAGGUUAGGUGCGGAGCCCUCGUUGUACCUCGAGAUGGAGGCGGCGUUGUUGGCACUGCGCGGCGCCGACGCGAAUGCCUUAGAACAAGUAAAGAAGGCCCUGGAGGAGGCCAAGCCGACAAUGGACGGCCUCACGGGCACGACGGACACGGCCGUGUUUCGGAAGUACUACGCCGCGGCCUCCGACUACCGCAAGUUGGUGGGACCGCCGGAAGCCUUCUACCGAGCAGCACUCUCGUUGUUGAGCUACGCGUCGGCCGACGACAUGCCCCUGAACAAAAGACGUAUUCUCGCGACGGAUGUGGCCCUAGCCGCUUUGUCUGGUGAAGGCGUCUACAACUUCGGCGAGGUCCUCGCGACGCCCAUCCUCGACGCCCUGAACCACACGCCGAACGCCUGGCUCGGCGACCUUUUACGUAUUUUUGCGGCGGGCGACGUCGAUGCCUUUAACGACUGCCUCGGCAAGAACAAGGACGAGUAUUUGAAACAGCCCGCUCUCAGAGCGAAGGCGCCCUUCGUCAAGGAGAAGAUCGCUCUCUUGGCUUUUAUGAACUUGGUGUUCGAGACGCCGGCGCAUCAACGGGCGAUUUCGUUUCAGGCGAUCGCGUCGCGCGCGAGGCUGGACCUGGAUCAUGUGGAGUGGCUCGCGAUGCGGGCGAUGGCUCUCGGCUUAGUGAAGGGCGUCAUCGACGAGGUGGCGCAGGUCGUCGAGGUGUCCUGGGUGCAGCCGCGGGUCCUCGACGCGGGCCAGAUCUCCCACCUCAUCGAGCAGAUCGACACGCUCUCGUCGAAGUCGCUGAAGGCGCACGGCCUCAUCGCGGAGCAGACGGCGGAGCUGCUCUGAGAUUAAGUGUUCUUUCUUUA